CUACCAAGUCUAGUUGUAUUUAUCUGAUCUGCUCCAUUGGUGGGACAGAAUAGUAUAAUUCCUACAUAAAUACUCAACACUGACACUGACGUAGAUGUAGUUACCCCUGGAGGCUAGUACUCCCGUAAAUCUUCCGAACAGACAGGCUGCUCACUAUGCAUACGGAGUAUGGAGUAGUGCACACACCUUGCAGAAUCUCCGGAACGUUCCUGGUGUUGUCUAAAGAUUUGGCGAGGGAUGUUUGUCUUGGCAAAGGGAUGGGGUGGCAUACAAGACACGAGCUAGACAACCUGCCACGGGUCUGGUUUCAGUAGGCGCUUACUACCUACAUAAAUACCCCAUGACCAAGUUAGUUAACUAACUAGUGAGUGACGGAGGGCCCGUAAAUACCCAGUUGUUCUUAAGAUAGG